UCCAGUCAGUCUCCUUCCUACCUGCAUGCCAAGUGAAAGUGUACCAAUCCCGUAGAAGUUAUAUCAAAUAAAAGAUUAGAGUGAAAUCAUUGCAUCCAAAGUGUUAAGUUAAAUCCUUAGUUAGUGCUUUAAGAACAAGGUGGAAGAAUAAAUUGAGUAUCUAGCUGAAGACCGUGUAUGUGCAUUACUCUCAUCUCGCCUACCCGUGCCUCGCUGCCCUCGUCGUUGUUGCUGCUGCUGCAGCCGGUGUGGUGAAAUUACUUGCAUGCUUUCUGGUGCCUUACACGGUGGAGCUGCGUGGGAGAAAAUUUGAAGCUUAUUGCGAAAAACGAAGACACAACGUAGGACGAUUUCUGGUAAGCGCCAACAUAAAUUGGUGCCGUGACCAGGAUCUUCGACGCCAUUGAGGAUUCUGAACCACGUGAGACGAUCUACUGGGCGCUGCCAUCUUUCUUUCGCCAUUCUUCCGGAGGUGCAUAAAAUUAUACAGGGCUCAAAUCAAUUGGGCUUCAGGUAAUAACCUGUCCAAUUCACUUCACGGGUAUCGCAGGUGCCCUUAAGGUUCCAUUUCUUUCUUUGCAUGCGUAUAAUACUUUGGAAGGGAUUCUCGAGUGCUGCCAAGCCUUUUGGAGCACAUCUGCAUGCUGACUCCCGCCAUCGUGAUUAGGCCCGCUUGGUUGGAGACUUAAGCUGGAUAUCGCCAUUGCAUUUCGGCUGUUCUGCGCCAUCUUCUAAAUGGCUUAGGCCACCUCACGUGCCAAACGUUCGCUGCACCUGUACCCCGGUCAUCAACACCCAAAAGGCGGUGCCGCCUGGUGAACCACGAACAUCCCUGAGACACUGCGGCAAGGCUUUCUACGGAGGUUUUUCUGCAUUUUUGGCCAAUCUCCAAGUGUGAUCCAUCCUGCCAAUUUACUGGCCCUGUGCUACCGCCAUCUUAUCGACUAGCACGGACGGUGCUUGGGUAUUGUUCCUGUUGGCUGAUUUAUACAAAUUCAAGGCACAUACUUGCCUUGGAAUUGAUUCGCCCUCUGUUCCUGAGUAGCCACCGUGUUCCGGCUUGCAUGAUGGAGCAGCAACAACUGCAAAAGGCGUAUCUCAGCUCCCGGAGGACCACGAUGAUUACUGCGCUGGGUCGGGCAGAGGCAUUCGUGGCUAAUUUCGACGAGCAACGCGACCAAGGGCAGGUCUCAAUUCGGCUGGAGUACCUGAACAACAUGUGGACAACGCUGGAGGAGGUGCAAGGGCAGUUGGAGGACAUUGAGUGUGGUGAACAAGGUAGGCAAGUUAAUGCUGACAUUCGUGCAAAUUUUGAACCUCGGCUGUUCCAAAUAAAAGCCGCCUUACUUUCAAAACUACCUGUUCUUAAUCAAGCUCGCAUCCCUGAAUCUUCUUCUUCGCCGUCUUCCGCUCUCGCUGGGUUGAAACUACCUACGAUCUCGCUUCCUGAAUUCAACGGAGAUUACAUGCAGUGGCUAGGGUUUCAUGACACUUUUCUGGCGCUCAUUCAUUCAAAUUCCGACGUUGCAGCAAUCCAAAAGUUUCAUUAUUUGAGAGCAGCUCUGAAAGGUGAAGCGGCUCAGCUCAUUGAGUCCAUUGCGAUUUGCUCAGCGAAUUACAACCUGGCUUGGCAAACAUUGGUGGACAGGUACGCCAAUGAAUACCUGUUGAAGAAACGGCAUCUCCAAGCACUGUUCGAAAUCAACUCGGCUAAAAGAGAAACUGCUGCAUCUCUACAUGCACUGGUGGAUGAAUUCCAGCGUCACACCAAGAUCCUGUGUCAACUAGGCGAACCAACGGAGUCCUGGAGCACCAUCUUGGAACAUCUAUUGUGCACAAAACUCCCUGACGACACGCUGAAAGCCUGGGAAGAGUACGCAUCAACCUCUAGCAACCCGAACUACGACUGCUUGAUCGAGUUUCUUCAGCGACGUAUGCGCGUUUUGGAGUCCAUUUUGGUGAACCAUCAUCAACCCGCAUCCAUUCCAAACGUGUCAUCUCAUUCUUCCAAAAGGGCUCCCAAUUUCCGUGUAUCAUGUGCUUCUACUUCCAAUUCCGCCUGCAAAUGUCCAGCCUGCAAUCAAGAUCAUCCGCUUAUGAAGUGUGCAAGGUUCAACCAGCAGUCUCAUUCCGAACGGCUGCGUUUCGUAUCGAGCAAGCACCUGUGUCACAAUUGCCUUAAAAGUGACCACAUUGCUCGUAAUUGCUCAUCAACUUACAGCUGCAAGCAUUGCCGUAAACGCCAUCAUACGAUGCUGCAUUCCGGUGACGUCACUAGAUCUGUAAACGAUUCGCCUUCCACUCGCACGUCUAUGUCGACGCAAGCUAUCCAGUCUGCUGCUUCAUCCGUUGUGGAAUCAGUUCCCCGAUCAUCCGUCGUAGAUGUUGAAGAGUGUCCCAGGGUCGUUGCCAGUGCCUCCGCUCCACAAUCUCGAGAAGACGUUUUUCUGCUGACGGUACUGGUGAAGGUAGUUGAUGCAUACGGACAAGACCACAUAGCACGUGUUCUGCUCGACAGUGCCUCUCAACCAAAUCUCAUCACGGAUCGUCUGGCACGACAAUUGCACUUGAAGCGGACUUCUGUUAACGUGACAAUUCAGGGAGCUGGAAAUAUUUCAAAGAAAGUGAAGGAAUCAAUCUUUGCUCGAAUCAAAUCGCGAAACGACAGUUUUGAAUGCGGUGUGGACCUACUAUUAAUGGAUACCUUGACUGCAGAUCUUCCAGCACAAGAUAUAUGCAUCGAAGACUGGCAGAUUCCUCAAAAUUUGUCAUUGGCCGAUCCCAUGUUCAAUAAGAGCCAACAGAUUGACAUGGUUCUGGGCGCAAAACACUACCACUCUUUCUUUCCAAGUACUGCUCGUCUUCAGUUGGCCGACAAUCUUCCGACACUGGUAGACAGCGUUUUCGGUUGGGUAGUAACGGGAUCAGCAAGCACGGGUCACCCUAUUCAACGGCAAUCUAUUACUCCCAGUGUCGUCGCUGUUUCUAUGCCGACACUUGAGGAAUGUAUCGAACGUUUUUGGAAAACUGAAGAAUUGACCGUCGUCAACAACUAUUCGGUAGAGGAGCGCCACUGUGAGGAUUUCUUCCAAUCCACAACGUCUCGUGACGAGACAGGCCGCUACAUUGUCCGGCUACCACGGAAACCCGAUUUCGACGCGAUGCUAGGUGAAUCCAAAAUCGGUGCUCUUCGUCGCUUCGAGCAACUCGAGCGGCGACUAGAACGGGACCAAAAGCUGAAGGAAGAAUAUCACGAUUUCAUGAGGGAGUACCUCUCCCUCGGCCAUAUGCGAUUGGUCGAGUCGGACGAUGGAAACCACUCCCACACAUACUAUCUUCCUCACCACCCCGUAAUCAAGGAGGCAAGUACAACCACCAAAGUAAGAGUCGUAUUCGACGGCUCUGCUCGUACUUCAACCGGCUUCUCCCUGAAUGAAGCUCUCUGCGUGGGUCCGGUGGUCCAAGAUGACCUUCUUGCCAUCAUUCUCCGGUUUCUGACUCAUCCCGUAGCUCUGGUAGGUGACAUAGCGAAGAUGUACCGGCAGGUUGGCCUACACCCAGAUGAUUGUCCUUUGCAACGCAUUCUCUUCCGGUUCACAAAAAACUCCCCAGUUCAAACCUAUGAAUUGCAAACCGUCACCUACGGUCUAUCCCCUUCCUCUUUUCUGGCGACGCGAGCACUCCAGCAAGUUGCAUCGGAUGAAGGUAAUGACUAUCCAGUUGCCGGCCAAGCACUUCGGAAAAACUUUUAUGUAGACGAUUUUAUUGGAGGGGCGAAAACCAUCGAAGAAGCUAUCCAACUACGAGAAGAAUUGGCGAACUUACUCUUGAAAGGUGGAUUCAUGCUGAGAAAGUGGACAUCAAACCGCCUUGAAGUACUGCAGGGGCUCCAGGAUGACCAAAUCGGAACGCAAUCAAGCCUACAGUUCACACCAAACGAAUCGAUAAAGGCGCUAGGAAUUCGAUGGGAGCCAGAGUCCGACACUCUUCGUUUCGAUUCCCCAAUACAGCAACGUGAUGAGCCUCCAACAAAGCGAUCCAUCCUCUACGACAUCGCUAGACUCUUCGAUCCGCUCGGCUCCCGGAUUGCACCCAUCGUAGUCAGAGCCAAAAUCCUGAUGCAGGAGCUAUGGUCCCUCUCUUGCGACUGGGAUGACCCAGUGCCUCAUAUUAUUCGACUAAAAUGGGAAAAAUUUCGACUUGAGCUUCCAAGAAUUGCAACCUAUCGAAUUGAUCGCUACGCCUUUCUCCCAGAUGCACAAAUCGAGCUGCAUACAUUUGCUGAUGCGUCAACGUCUGCAUACGGAGCAUGCACAUACGUCCGUUGCGAAAAUGCUCUGGGUACCGUACGAAUCAGGCUACUUGCCUCAAAAAGCAAGGUAGCUCCACUAAAGAGAUUGACAAUAGCUCGCCUGGAACUGUGUGCUUGUGUUCUGGCAGCUCAUCUACAUCAUCGCAUCAAACAGGCAAUCCACAUCAAUGUAUCUGUAUCGUAUUUCUGGUCCGACUCUGCCGUUUGUUUGUAUUGCCUUCGCUAG